GGAGAAGGAGAGGAGGAGGGAGAAGGAGAGCAGGAGGAGAAAACAACAAGAGGACAAAGGAACCGUUAAACAAAAGCAGGUCCGGACAACAGCAAAAGUUUUUAUACUGCUCACCUCUAAAAAGUUGAAAGAAUGGGCUACUUUCCAGUGGUCCUGCUCCUCUGCAGUCUCCAUGCACUCACAGCUGUAGUCCAAGCCCAGCAAAGAGAUACUGUUGAUCAGGACAGUUCUUUAUUCCCAGUGGAAGCCACUGAAGCACCUCCUGGGACUACCUUGCUAGACAACUGCAGAGAAGAGAUGUACCCAUGCACCAGGAUGUACUCUGUCCAUCGUCCCAUCAAGAGAUGCAUCGGUGGGCGCUGCUUUUAUAGCCUCCCUCGAGUAUAUGUUAUCAACAAUGAGAUUUGUUCAAGAACCGUGUGCCCACAAGACGAACAUCUAAAAGCCGAGCUGUGCCGAGAGUUGUCCGGCUGGCCCAGGCGCAUCAGCAGGUCAUCCAAUAGGAAACGCUGUCGCAAUCGCCGUGGCAACCCGAAAACCUGGGCAAACAAGGCUUGACGGGUUUGGGGGGCACCAAACUGAGAUUGUCAUCAAAACAGUCCAUAACACCAUAAAUCCAACGCUCAACACCUACCGGGGGUCUCCUCCUCCCUUUUUUUACACACACGUGUGUGCUGAGUCAUAUCUAUGUUUAUGUGUCCUAACUUUUAAUUGCCUGUGAAUACUGUGCAUUUCAUGGAUCAUGUCAAGCAGGGUUAAUGGCCCUUUAAAAAGGUGCUAUGGAAAGCCGUUUGAGCAUUCAUUCAAUUUCCUGAAUACCCAACUCAAACCUACAGUAUGUAAUACCACUACACUCUUUGUUCUCACCUGUAUGGGUUCAGAAUGAGUAGACUGUGUGUUUAACUCCCUCCUAUCCUUUACUCAAUGACUGCCAUUUACUACGAUAGACGUUCAAUGCAUUAGACAUCGAUCGCCAUCACCAGCACUUAAUGUGUUAAUGGUAAACUAAAGGUCAUGUCAAAUCACACAUAUUAAUUUGCUUGAUUUUUACAUUUUUAGUGCCUGAAGAUGUCAAAUGAAAGAUAUACAUAAAAGCAGUCCAAAUAACAGUUGACUUACUUUCCUUUUCGGAAGUUUUUAUUUGCUCAAAAUGUUGAUGAAAGGCGAUUGGUGAAGGGGUAAGGAGCUCAUUCCAAUUAUCAUGUGCAAGGAUACACUGGUGGUCUAAAGGAGGUGGUCCAAAAAAAAUUAACUUUGGAGCCCCCUGUGCCCCCAUCAAGAGCCAUAUUGCCUUCCUUGACACUCUCGUAAUAUGAUAAAGUUAUUGAAACCCUGGCAACAAUCUCACUAAUAGUAACAGGCAGUUGACAAAUGGUGUCAAUUUUGCCUUACUACUAACAUAUAUUCUCCUAGUGAAGAAAACAAGCAUUCUCGUACAUAUCAUAUUGAAUAAAUGUUUAAAAAUCUUUUUGAAAAUCCAUUUCAGCAUUUAUUCAUUUUACAGUACCGUAUUUUUCGGACUAUAAGUCGCAGUUUAUUUUCAUAGUUUGGCUGAGGGUGCGACUUAUACUCUGGAGCGACUUAUGUGUGAACUUAUUAGCACAUUAAUAUAUCAUUUCACAUGUUAUUUUCGUGUUUUGGCGUGACACUGAUGGUUUGGUAAACUUGUUAGCAUGCUCUUUAUACUAUACUUAUCUGAAUAACUCGUAAUAUCUAUGUUAGGUUAACAUACCGGCCAUGUUUGCAUUUCAUUGUUCAUGCAUCAUGCAACAUUAUCAUACUGUACUCUUAUUCAGCAUGUUGUUCUCUAUUGUAUUUUUAAAUUGCCUUUCAAGAUGACAUAUCUCUUAUAUGUGUUGGAUUUUGUCAAGUAAAUUUCCCACAAAAAUGCGACUUACACACGUUUUUUCCCUUUUCGUUGGGCAUUUAAUGGCUGGUGCGACUUAUACUCAGGUGCGAUUUAUAGCCCGAAAAAUACGGUAUAUCUCCUAGUGAGGACAAAAGUGCAUAAAUAGCUUCAAGUGGAUAUCAAGAACAUCAAAUAAAUGCUCAACCGGCUUCCAUUCAUCGCACAAAUACCUGCUUUGACAUUGCAAGGUGCUAACUAACGAUCCAUUCUGUAUUAAAAGCGUUGUUGUAGUCCAUUGAUUUUGUUUCCGCCCAGGUUUCUUUUGUAGAAGAAAUAAAAUACACGCAUUUGUGUUGUUUCCGUCUGA